UAUCAUUAAAUAAGGUCAAUAAAGAAUACCUAAAAUAAUAAUAAAGUAAGAAGCAUUGGAUUGCAUUAUUGGUUAUAUAAAGCUCUGGAUAUUGAAUUUUUAACAUGUCUGGUGAGGAAAAUAUUGAGCCACAAGAUUAUUCGGAAAAAAUCACCAGCCACCAUAAUGAGGGCUUUGGAUUCUCUUUGGACAUAACAGCUAUUAAAAAUGCUUCCGAAAAGAAAAAAGAUUCAGAGAUUCAAAAUUUAGAUGUUGAUAUCUUUGAACAAGAGAAGUUUGAAUCCGAAGUGAUCCGACAAGUAGAUAAAGCUAUCGAAGCAUCAGAAAUUAUUAAUAAAAAAUGUGCUUUGAAUAAAGAUAUUAAGUCAUUAAACGAGGAAAUUAGAAUUGUGUCUAAAGAGCUUGAUGAUAUUGAACAGAUAUUUGAAAAUGCGAAAAUGGGGUAUAAUGAAGACACAAAAAAAGUUUCUUUUUCUUUACUUCAAAAAAAGAAAACCAAGGAACAAUACUUGAAGCAACUAAAAAAUCAAUGUGUUGCUGCUGAGGAAGAGUAUGAAAAACUAAUAAAACCUAAAGAAUCAACAGAUAUGAGUAUUAACACAAGCUCCACUAUUGGAAGUUCUUUAUUCUCUAUCAAAAUGUUAAAAGAAGUUGAACUUGGUCAAAUAACUCCAUUUGAUGCUUUGAAAAAAAACAUUUCUAAUGAGAAUAAAAAAGAUUCUCUACUUCUAAUGAGAAACUUCUCCAAUGAUGAUCAAGAAGAUUCCUUUGAGAAAAAUGAUAUUCAUCAAAUAGAAUAUAUGCAGAAAAAUUUAGAGAAAGGGAAAAUAAAAAGGAAAAGAUCAUCAGAUGAUGAAUUUGUUCUAUUUGAUGAUGAAUCUAGUGAUGAAUCUAUUGAUGAUUUUGAUGAAGUAAAGUCAUUAUCUUUAAAUAAACCAAACACAAAAAAAAAGUGUUGUGAUUCAGUGAAAAAGACUACAUGUGUCAAAGAUGAUGGAGAUUUUAAUACAUAUAAAGAGAGAAUAAAAAAAUUAAAAAUAAAAAGCAGGUUAAAGGAAGCCAUAAAAGCUGGAGAAGUAAUAGAAGACUGUAACAACUUUGAUUUUUCUGAAGAUGAUGAUGUUAAUGAUGAUGCAGAAAUCGAAGAUGGGUUUUUAUUACCCAGAAAACUUUGGAAUAAACUUUACAAGUACCAGAGAGUUGGAGUUAGAUGGUUAUGGCAGUUGCAUGCACAAGAGGUUGGAGGUAUUGUUGGAGAUGAAAUGGGACUUGGGAAAACUAUUCAAGUGAUAUCAUUCCUUGCUGGUCUUGUUUAUUCUAAAAAAGGCAAUAAUAUAAAUAAUAACAAGUUUGGUCUGGGAUCUGUUUUGAUUGUCUGUCCUGCAACAGUAAUGUUCCAAUGGGUGUCAGAGUUCCACAUGUGGUGGCCUCAUUUUCGUGUUGCAAUUCUACAUAGUUCUGGAACUUUUAUAGGAAGCCCAUUGACAUUGAUAAGAGCAAUAAGUAAACAUCCUGGUAUCUUAAUUACAACUUAUAAUAGUGUACUGAAUCACAAAAAAGAACUUUAUAAACAUAACUGGCAGUAUGUGAUUCUUGAUGAAGGUCACAAAAUUCGAAACCCCGAUGCAUUAAUUACCCUAGCUUGUAAGCAAUUCAAUACAUCGCAUAGACUUAUUUUGACGGGUACACCAAUGCAAAAUAGUUUAAAAGAAUUAUGGUCCUUAUUUGAUUUUGUGUACCCUGGCAGACUUGGAACACUUCCAGUGUUUAUGGCUGAAUUUUCUAUUCCUAUAACAAUGGGUGGAUAUGCAAAUGCUUCAUCUUUACAGGUUCAAGCAGCUUAUAAAUGCUGUUGCAUACUCAAGGAUACAAUUACUCCUUAUAUGAUAAGAAGAAUGAAAAAAGAUGUUCAACAAACACUUUUUCUACCUACUAAAAGCGAACAGAUUUUGUUUUGCAAAUUGACGGAAGAACAGAAAGCAAUCUACAAAGAAUUUAUCAGUUCUCGUGAUGUUGCUUCCAUAUUAAAUGGAGACAUGAAGAUUUUUCCGGGUUUAAUUAAACUAAGAAAAAUAUGUAAUCAUCCUGAUUUGGUAUCAUUAGCUGCUGAAGUAGAAAAAGGGAAACCAGCUAGUUUAGAUGAUGCUAGUUGUUAUGGUUUUUGGAAACGAUCAGGGAAAAUGAUUGUGGUUGAAAAUUUAUUAAGAAUGUGGAAACAUCAAGGGCAUCGCGUCCUUUUAUUUACACAGUCAAAGCAGAUGUUGGAUAUUUUAGAAGGUUUUUUGAAAGCUGCUGAACAUUCCUAUAUGCGUAUGGAUGGUACCACCAGUGUAAAAAGCAGACAUGGUAUAGUUAAAAAGUUUCAUGAAAGCAAAAAUAUUUUCGUGUUUUUGUUGACAACUCGGGUUGGAGGUCUAGGUUUAAAUUUGAUUGCAGCCAAUCGAGUUAUUAUAUAUGAUCCAGACUGGAACCCGAGUGUGGAUAGUCAAGCAAGAGAACGGUCAUGGAGAAUCGGCCAGUUAAAGGAUGUUACUAUUUAUCGCCUUCUAACUACUGGGACAAUUGAAGAAAAAAUAUAUCACAGGCAAAUUUUCAAACAGUUUUUAACCAAUCGUGUGUUGACCAAUCCAUACCAGCGACGCUUUUUUAAAAACAAUGAUUUGCAUGAACUUUUUACUCUAGGUGAUGUUGGACCACUAGAAUCAACAGAGACAGGGUCAUUAUUUGCUGGCACUGGUUCAGAAAUUAAAAUAAGAAAACGUAAUCGAUUAAAAUCAGAAGUACCAAAAGUUAUUAAAGAUGUUGUAGAAAAAUCAGUAGAUAAAACAUCUGAUCUGAAAUCAAAAAAUUAUGACAAAAAUAAUAAAACACAUCAAUUUAUUUCUAAUCAAAACAAUCAAGGUAAUUUUUCACUUGUUCCUGAUAAAAAUUUUGCAAAAAGUUUACAUAGUUCAAAGAAAAAGAAAAAUUAUAAAAAAGAAAAAUUUAUAGUGGACGGUUUUUGUGUGGAUCAUGUUGAUAAAAAAGAAGUUUUAAAAAAAAAAUCUUUACCAGACACUGAAAAGAAACAACUAUUAAAUGAAGAUGAUAUCUUACUAGAUUUGUUUCGGACUUCAGGCAUUCACAGUGCUAUAAAACAUGAUAAAAUAGAGCUAAGCAGUACUAGUGAUUACUUGUUAAUUGAAAAGGAAGCAGAAAACAUUGCUAAAAAAGCUGUUGAUGCUCUAAGAGCAUCAAGAAAAGAAUGCAAAAAAAAUGGGCUUGCAAUACCAACUUGGACAGGGGGCUGUAUACAGAAGACGAAUAAUAAAAAAAAGACAUUAUUUGGGAAAAAAGUUAACCAUAUCACCUCUAAUAAAGAGACUACAGCCUCAGUAGAUAAAGGUUCUGUUGGUAUAACCAACAACUCUGUUGAUAUUUCUUCUAGUGCCUUAUUAGCUCGCAUGAAAAGUAGAAGUUUAAAUAUUGAACCAUCUCAAAACUCUAGCAUUGUCAAUGAAUCUACAGAACUUACUUUACUGAAAGAUAUUCAAACAUUUAUGUUGCAAAGGCAGAGUAAUGUUGUAAGUACUGAUGAAAUUACAACCUUUUUUCAAAAUCGUAUUGAUAAGGAACAAAAUGUUAUAUUUAAAGAGUUGCUAAAACAAGUUUGCAUCUUUGAAAAGUCUUUAAACGGUCCUGGGAAUUGGUGUUUAAAAGAUGAAUUUCGAUAGUUGUUUUUUUUAUGCAUUAUUGUAAAAAUUUGUUUAUACUUUGUUACUUUUAUUUUGCUCAA